UAUGCGAAAUCGAUGUUUACAAAAGGAAAAGGUUAGAAACAGAAUUGCAGAAGAAAGCCCAAGAAAGUAUUGAAUAUGGCAACUGAUGGGAUGAAAUCGGGUUCGAAAGGCAUGACAAAUGAAAACAUUUUCAAUAAUUUUCAGGCGCUACGGAAGGAACAUCUGCAUAUUGGUAAUAAGAUAUCGGAACUGGAAUUAGACCUUCAUGAACACAAAAUCGUCAUUGAUACUUUGAAAGAAGUGGAUGGUGAUCGAAAAUGCUUCAAUAUGGUUGGAGGUGUGCUGUGUGAAAGGACUGUAAAAGAAGUACUGCCCAUUCUUAUAUCCAAUCAAGAGCAGAUAGCCAAGUGUAGCAAAGGUUUACAAGGAGUGUUAAACAAGAAAAGUCAGGAACUCAAUGACUUCAAAGAGAAACACAAUCUUAAAAUCCGAGGACAGGAUGAUCCUUCUGCACCUAAUGCUGAUGGUGAUAAAAAGCCUCAUACUGGCAAUGUACUAGUGGUCAAUCCAAUGUAGUUGUCUUACACUGGCUUUCAUAUGACACUUGUCUCUCACACUGGGCUUUAUAAGCUGUUUAUCGUGUUGUGAUAAAACUAUUUACAUGCAGCUGUGUGAACUGUUCAAGUGUAUAAGAAGAAAACUUGAGUUUGUGUGUUGCAUUAAUAAAUUGCCUAUUUAAACAAAUGUUUAUUACUAAUAGGAAGUUGAUAUUUUAACUAACUAUGUUAACAGAUUUUGUCAAUGCAGAAAAUGUAGAUGUUCAGUUCAUAUUAAUCUCAACUUAAUGUUAAAAUUAUAAUAUGUGGCUUGAAUUUUGAGAAAGGUCUAGUAAGUGGAGUUUGGAUAAUUUGAAAAUGAGAUCUACUCAAGGAUUAUUUUAAACAUGAUAAUCAUUUCAUAAAUAUGAAUAAUUAUAUCCACUGCUUAUAAAUAUUUCAGUUUU